AUGACUGCUAUCGAGAGUUUCGACAACAUCUACUUGGAUCUCUCCAAGGAGAGUGGCAAGUGCAGAUUUGCUGAGACCGGUUUCGGAUGGAAGCCUGUUGGCGGCGGCGAGACCUUCACCUUCGAUCACAACAAUAUCGCCUCUGCGCAAUGGAGUCGCGCUGCUAAAGGAUACGAGAUCAAGAUCGUCCAGCGCUCAAAAUCUGGUAUAAUCCAGCUCGACGGCUUCCAACAGGAGGACUACGAUCGGCUUGCCAAAAUUUUCAAGAAUUGGUACAGCACGGUCCUAGAGAACAAGGAGCAUGCUUUGCGCGGUUGGAAUUGGGGCAAAGCCGAGUUUUCUAAAUCCGAGCUUACAUUCAGCGUCCAGAACCGACCUGCUUUCGAACUAGCUUACUCAGAAAUCGGCAACACCAACCUUGCUGGCCGUAAUGAAGUGGCCGUCGAGAUGGCUCUUCCCGAGUCGGGUGCCAAUGCCCAGCUAGGCGGUGCCCGGUCCAAGGGCUCGAAAGCUGCCGCUGGUCGAGACCAGCUUGUCGAGAUGCGAUUCUAUAUUCCCGGUGUGACUACUCGUAAAGAGGCAGAAGGAGAGGACGCUGGUAGCGAUGCCGGUAACGACGAGCAGGAAAAGAAUGCCGCAACUCUGUUCUACGAGACUCUGAUUGACAAGGCUGAGAUUGGCGAGACGGCUGGCGAUACUAUCGCCACCUUCCUGGACGUUCUACAUCUCACCCCCAGAGGUCGUUUCGAUAUCGACAUGUACGAGGCAUCCUUCCGACUUCGAGGCAAAACUUAUGACUACAAGAUUCAGUACGAGGCUAUUAAGAAGUUCAUGGUACUUCCUAAGCCCGACGAGGUACACUACAUGCUUGUCAUGGGUCUUGACCCACCUCUGCGUCAGGGCCAAACUCGAUACCCCUUUGUUGUGAUGCAAUUCAAGAAAGAUGAAGAGGUCACAAUUGAUCUGAACCUUAACGAGGAUGAGCUCAAGAGCAAGUAUCAAGACAAGCUGGAGCCUCACUACGAGGAGCCCCUCCACCAAGUGGUGGCAAAGAUCUUCCGUGGUCUGGGCAAUAGGAAGAUAUCAUCUCCCGCCAAGGACUUUAUCACACACCGCAGCCAAUAUGGCAUCAAGUGCUCCAUCAAGGCCAGCGAGGGUUUCCUCUACUGCCUCGAGAAGGCCUUCAUGUUUGUGCCUAAGCCGGCUACAUACAUCGCCUACGAACAGACUCAAUCUGUCACUUUCUCCCGUGUCAGUGGAGCUGUAUCAGCAUUGUCAACAUUCGACAUUACUGUCCUUCUAAAGAACGGUGCCGGCUCAUCUCAGUUCAGCAACAUUAGUCGUGAAGACCUCAAGGCUCUUGAAACAUUCUUCAAGCUCAAGGGUCUACGGGUUAAGAACGAGAUUGACGAGGAUGCCAACCUCCUUGCUGCUGCCAUGAAUCAGCAGAUGGAUGAUUCCGAGGAUGAAGUCGCUGCCAAGGCUGAUCGUGGCUCGGCCGAUGAGGACGAAGAGAGCGUGGAUGAAGAUUUCCGCACCGACAGCGAAAGUGACGUUGCCGAGGAAUACGACAGUGCUCACGAGAGUGAUGGGUCAGGCAGCGAUGAAAGCAAUGUGGAUGACGACGAGCAAGAUGGCGACGAUGAUGAUGAGGAAGAUGAAGAGGAGCGUCCUAAGAAGAAGAAGAAGACGGGCUAA